AUGGCCAAGCCGGUGGUGACGGAGGACAUGCUUUUCACCCAGGAGAUGGAGUCAAAUGCGUGGACCGCAGAGGAGGAGGGGUACUAUGGGGCAGAAGUUCCCGACAUGGGACUGCUUGACGUCGGCUUCGACAUGGCACCCACCAACUUCGCCAUGCCGGCCAAGGGAGCCCUUGCGGCCACCGGCGGGACCUCUCCUGUUGAGGCCGCCACGGUGCCUCGGCGACCGCGAACAGUCAGGAACAACCGCGACCGCCAUUGCAACCCAGUGCGGGUGCUGAAAGGGGCGUGGACGACGGAAGAAGAUCAAAUCCUCAGGGAGAUGAUGAACAUGUACGGAGAAGGGAAGUGGGCCGCGAUUGUGAAACACCUCCCGGGCCGGAUCGGGAAGCAGUGCCGCGCGAGGUGGAUGAACCACCUGCGCCCCGAACUCAAGAAGGAUGCUCCUUGGACCGAGGAGGACGACAAGGCACUUAUCCAGGAGCACAUGACGCUCGGGAACCGUUGGUCAGAGAUCGCGAGGCACCUCCCGGGCCGGUCGGAGAACUCCGUGAAGAACCACUGGAACGCGGUCAGGCGGAGCCUAGGGGCGACGCGCCAGUUCAAGAAGAAGAAGAGCGAGCAGCCUCCCCCAGGCGAAUUCACCGUCCUGGAGCAAUACAUCCGCAGCAAGUACCCCCCGUCCAUCGAGCCCACCUCGCCACCACCAUCGGGGCCUGCUUCGCCGUCGUCCGGCGGUCCGGGCAGCCCAAAUGCUGCUGCCCCGCUGGCCCUGGCGGGCUCCAGCCAAACUGGGAUGGACAUGAACUUCGAAUAUUCGGCCGGAUCAUCCAAUGGAGGGAUGACGAACCUGAACGCGCCUUUGCUGCUGCCGGGCCUCAACACAUACAACUCCUUCCCCAACAUCAGCAACUUGCAGUAUGAAAUGCAAGUGCCGGCGCUCCCGGUGAUGGUGGGUACUACUGAUCAGGAGCACCUUCAGGCCGCCCCUGCCUAUAUGAACCAGCUGCUCAAUGUGCCCCCAAUGGGUACUGCUCAUCAUCAGGGGAACCUCCCGAACCUUGUAAAGUUCGAGGGCCAACCCACCUACUACAGCGAGGCAGCCAUGGGCCCGAGCUGCACCGGCGAGCUGGAUGACGUCGUCCAGAUGGCCUCCAGGGAAUUCGCGACGCCGUCCGAAGACAAGGUUACCUUCGAUCCGAGCAAGUUCUGAGCGCAUUCUUCAUCAGUUCGUCGGUUAAUUUAGAUGCUGUUGUGUACUGUUCGAACAAGAAACCAUCUGUCGUCUGUCUGUCUGUCUGUGUGAACCGUAUGUCUGUAUGUUGUACUUCUUCUCCUGGAACUCAUUGUAGAAGUACCUUUGCCGGUUCAUUUGUUCCAUUUGUUGUACUAGAAACCUUUGUUGGAUUUAUCUUUUGUUUUCGGAAAUAUAUCAGCCUGCUGUACGUAUUGAGCUUUGUCAGCCCGGGCAUGGAGGCCACGCGGCUUUGGUGACGUGGCAGGGCGGCCCCUGCUCGCGGACAAGGCUGUACAAAACUGGUUGUGUUGUGUCUGGUGUGGUCAGGGUUUUCUUCUUCUCCUUAUAUAUAACAAGGAGAGCAAUCUCAGAUGGGGCUAAGAUCAACGGUUCACAAGCACUGAGCUUGUGACUGUUUUUGCUGGGCUGAAAGUUCACCUCUAUGUGAAGGGAUGGCCCAACACCCUGCGGCGGUCUCGUCGUAGCCAUGUUGGUCAGCGUAGGAGAGUUCAUAUCUAGUUGGACUUGGACCGCUAAUUCAUCUAUUCGGUCUUAAUUAAAGAUGUGAAGGAGUGUUCUCGUAAAAGAGUACGUGCAAGAAACAAAUGUGUAUGAACAUCAAGAACUGGUUAAAUCUGUUAGUCCAUGUCUAUAGUGGAGAGAUUCGGUCAUGCUUCCUGACUUCAAAUUUCUCAAGUCUGUUAGCUGAAGAAAAAGUACAUGUACAGCUUCGGUAAUGAAAUAGUAACAGGGUUUGGGGGUUUCGGCUCUGCGCUUUCUUAUCUGUUUUUGUGGGCACGAAAAGCAGGGGGUAGUAAUCAAUGAUCAUCAGAUUUUUUUUUGAAGGUAAUGAUCAUCAGAUUUUAGUUGUUUUAACUUUGAAAAUAAACUUUGUACUGGCACUCUUCAAGUUCAAGGCCUAUUCAACGGACCUCUUGUGUACUCCCAUGAUCGUCAGAUUAGUGGUCUGCAGUCUGCACUCUUGGACUUGCAAGUCCCAACAACUCUCGGUUCGAAGAGCACGUCCAAUUCCUUUGCUUGGUUAAUGUUCUUUGCUAGGUGUCCAAG